AUGAUUAGAAAAGUCCCCAAGCACAUCACCCUCAUCCUAAAUGAAACCGACACAAUUUUCCUGCUUGAUUUACCCAGUUGUAUCGUCCCGAGGGACACCCCGGAGGGCGAAGCCUCCCAGGUGGACAACCAACUCUACGAUUACUUAACCACAGGUAAAGGGCGCAACCGUAAAGUAAGCAGCAUCGGGGUCCAAACAAUCCCCGUUUUACUAAAAACCAGACACACUCAACCCAUUCAUUAUGAAUUCAGCGACAAUUCAACGUUCGCCUCAAACUGGGAAAUGUACGACACCUACAAACAAAAAGAAUUUGAAGAAACGCAAGACGAAUACGCGUAUGAGUCCGACGUAACACUAGACGAAGAAGUGGUUGAAAACGACCACCAGUUAAAAGAGGAAGUCUCGCUGGAACAACUACGAAAAACGCAGCAAGAAAAAGAGCUAGAAGCGCUCACAGUUAACGAAAAUUUUUUUAACGCGGCCCUCGUCAUAGAGCGACUUUUGGCCAAUAAUUGCUACAACGAAGAGCAGAAACAUUUUAAAGGAAUUUUGGAGCGGGAUUCGGACCCGGUUAUUAAGUAUAACUACAAGCUAGAACUCCUGUGGACUUUUUGUAACGACGACACGAGAAGCAGAUGCGUCACUGGAAUUUCGUUCAACAGUCUGAGUGAGGACAUCAUCGCCGUGGGUUACGGUAAAUAUUAUUUCAUUGACCGCAAAAGCACCGGCAUUGUCAUGAUUUGGAAUAUCAAAAAUCCAAAACAGCCUGAACGCGAGUACUAUUUUAAACACUCAGUCACCUCGUUGGCGUUCUCCCUCAAAAACCCGAAUUAUCUAGCGGUUGGUUUCUACAACGGAAACUUACGAGUUAUUGACGUUAGUAAGCGCGACCUGGUGCUCCUUGGAGACGACUGCGUGACGUCAUUCGAACCCGUUUGGGACGUGUUAUGGUUCGAGCAAGACGGCCACGAGUACUUCCUAGCGUGCUUCGGCGACGGCCGCAUUUGCAAAUACCACUUCUACGACAUGCAGAUGGAGUUCGUGCAAAUCAUGAGAGUCGAAAAAGUCGAAGGCAAACUAAAGGGGUUGAAAGCGUUGAGGUUGUUCGAAGGCAACCAGGUGUCCUCCUCCAGACACGCUUCCGUCGUCCGACUGUGCCUCCACGCCGGCGACCCCUUGCUUUACUUCGUCGCCACCACCGAAGGAGUCAUCCACAAAUGCACCCCCAACUACUGCACGCAACACAAGGGGAUGUUCAAAGCCCACGAGGGUGCCAUCCACGCCAUCAAGUUCUCCCCUUUCAUAGACAAAUUGUUCGCUACUUGCGGCGACGACUUCCAAGAAUGCGUGUGGAUCGAGGGCAUCGACGAGCCGCUGAUUACGUCGCGGUACUGCAUGGAGCCGGUGCUGGACGUGGAGUGGAGUCCGUCGCACUCGACGAUUUUGGUGAGUCUUCGCGGGAUGGAUGUUUUUUUGUGGGAUUUUCAGAGGAAGGUUUACUCGCCGCAGAGUCAGACGAAGUCGCCCACGAAUUCGAGGAAUACGGUUUGCAGGUUUACGGCGGGCGGGCGGUGUUUGUUGAUUGGGGAUGUCGAUGGGAAUGUGCACGUUUUUGCGGUUAGCGGGUUGCCGAUGGCGGCGUUUUUUCAGAAGAAUUUGUUUCUGCAGUCGGUUAAGAGUAUUCUGGCGACGAAUACGGAGAUGAUGGUUAAGCUGGGGAAGUUGGAGGCGCAGAAGUGGAUUUGA